AUGAUCAAAAAGGAGAUUCUCCUAGCAGCCCCCACCCCUAGCCCAGUAGGUACUGUGGGGGCGGGCCAGGGCGGGGCCACCGAGCAAGCGGUUAUAGUCCGACCCGCGGAAGACCAACUACUGGGCUCGAUCCUGUGCCGGCUCACGGACGACCAGAUCAGGUCCGCCGCCGCCGCGCACACAGAUCCCACGGAACUAGUAGCUGGCCCGCCCCGCCGGGGGGCCGUGGACGUGAGCACCCUGGCGCGGAGCCAGGUGGUGCGGGGCCCUGGGCAGGGGUCUCCUGGGGGCCGGCGGCUUCUCGGGGUGCUGCUGUUUCUGCUGCUGCUGCUGCUGCCACCCGCGGGCGCCUGGUACAAGCACGUGGCGAGUCCCCGAUACCACACGGUGGGCCGCGCCGCCGGUCUGCUCAUGGGGUUGCGCCGCUCGCCCUACCUGUGGCGCCGUGCGCUGCGCCCGGCCGCCGGUCCCCUCGCCUGGGACACCCUGGCUCCUGGGCCCUCAACCCGCAACGCCCUCCUCCUGCUUCCCUCGGAGGUGGGGGAGCUGUGGGAGCCGCGACGCCGGAGCCUCGGAGCAGAGCUCCGAGUCCGUGCCCCUCGGAGUCCGCGCACCCCGGAGCUCGAACCGAGGCUGGGGAUCCAGUCCUGGACCUCAGCGGUGUCUGCCAGAGCCUUUGGAGAGACGUCUUCGUCUGUGGCCCAGCCACGGCCCCUGCAGCAAAUGGCCUUCGCCAGCUCCGCUUGGCUCCAGGACCGCCCUGAGAACAUUCACUGCCCACGUCGGCCUUGCGCUUGAACCAGGAGUGAUCGCUGCUCCUACAAGGGUGCGCAGCUCCCGGCUCUGGCCUGGCCUGGUGUUUUGGUCAAUAAAACCAGCCUGAUCCCUGCG